ACUGAGGGGGUCAGAAAAUCCCUUUUAAAAGCCAGAGGAGCCAAGGAGGAGAGUUCCUUCUGCCCCUCGCUCGAUUCCCAAGCCGACCUGCGAUAAUGUUCCGGCUUUUCAGCCAGGCAAAGCGUUGCUUGCAAGUGAAACGGGGACUGCAGAGGUCACUUUGCUCCGUCCGCUUUCCUGCAGCCCUGCAGCAAAACAGAUUCUCGACAACUUCUAACCCGGCUCCAGCCCAGGGCGUCUCCUUAUGGCCCAAGGACGUGGGUAUCCUUGCUCUCGAGGUGUAUUUCCCUUCCCAGUAUGUGGACCAGGUCGAGCUGGAGAAAUACGAUGGCGUCGAGGCGGGGAAAUACACCAUCGGCCUAGGCCAGAAGCAGAUGGGGUUCUGCGCCGCCCACGAGGACAUCAACUCCCUGUGCCUGACCGUGGUGCACCGUCUGGUGGAGCGAAGCCGCAUUUCCUGGGACUCCAUUGGCCGGCUGGAGGUGGGCACCGAGACCAUCAUUGACAAAUCCAAAGCAGUCAAGACUGUCCUGAUGCAGCUGUUUGAGGAGUCUGGGAACACAGACGUUGAGGGCAUCGACACCACCAAUGCCUGCUACGGAGGAACGGCUUCCCUCUUCAAUGCAGCAGACUGGGUGGAAUCCAGCUCCUGGGAUGGACGCUAUGCCCUGGUGGUCUGUGGGGACAUCGCUGUCUACGCUACUGGGAAUGCCCGGCCGACAGGUGGAGCAGGAGCCGUAGCUAUGCUGGUUGGCCCAGAUGCCCCUCUGACUUUGGAGAGAGGGCUCAGAGGAACCCACAUGGAACAUGUCUAUGACUUCUACAAGCCAGACUUGGCUUCGGAAUAUCCCAUGGUGGACGGGCAGCUCUCCAUCCAGUGUUAUUUCCGAGCUCUGGAUCGAUGCUACGCCACGUACCGCAAGAAGAUUGAAAGCCAGUGGCAGAAAGCUGGUAUCAACAAACGCUGCACUCUUGAAGACUUCCAGUUCAUGAUCUUCCACACACCCUUCUGUAAGCUGGUGCAGAAGUCCCUGGCGCGGGUUGUGCUCAACGAUUUCUUGGCAUCCUCCAAUCCCGACAUGGAAAGUGAAAUCUACAAAGGCCUGCAGGACUUCAGGAAUGUGAAAUUAGAAGACACUUACUCCAGCAAGGAAGUAGACAAAGCUUUCCAGAAGGCCAGCCAAGAGCUGUUCAAGCAGAAGACCCAGCCUUCCCUCUUCCUCUCCGCUCGCAAUGGCAACAUGUACACACCGUCAGUGUACGGCUGCCUGGCAUCUCUCCUGGCACAGUAUUCCGCCAAGCAGCUGGCUGGUUCCAGAAUUGGAGUCUUCUCCUAUGGUUCUGGCUUGGCAGCCAGCAUGUUCUCCCUGAAGGUGUCUGAGAAUUUUGCUCCAGGCUCCCCUCUGGAAAAGUUGGUCUCCAGCCUUUCUGAUCUGGGGACUCGGCUAGAAUCCCGAAAAUGUAUUCCACCGGAGAAAUUUGCCGAGAUGAUGAAGAUCAGAGAGGAAACACAUCAUUUGGUGGACCACACUCCCCAUGGAUCAAGCAGUGACCUGUUUCCAGGAUCCUGGUACUUGGAACGAGUGGAUGAGAAGAACCGCAGGAAGUAUGCUCGGAGACCACUGUAGGAGAGGAAGAAGCUGCCAUCCUGACUCUUUCAUACAGAGAUAAAGGCUUUACCAUCAGGAAAAACAGCAAGCAAACUGUCUAAAGGGGGCUUCUGGCUCCUAGUGACAUAGCAGAGUUAGGGCAACUGAUUUGCUUGUCUGUACUAUUGUGCUCCCUGGUUGCUUUUGGAAGAGGCAUCGACUUUUUUCCCUUUAUCAUCAUUUUGGAUUACAUACUUUUGCUGGAUUGUGAAAGGUUUGUAGGGUACAUCAAGUAUGUUAACACUGAUUGAUAAAGUUAUUGAGCAGAAGGAGUGGGAAUUAUUUUUGCGACAGUUCCACCCAAUAGAUACUGUGCCCCCCCACACCAACUCUUUGUUCACAAGUGCUUUGUUGGCUUAAUCCCUUCCCAUCUCAUCCUUCUUUUGGCUCUUGAUAGAUUUUUGGUUUUGUACAGGUUGGAAGAUAAUAAAAGAAUAAAACAGAAA